CCUCAACCAAUCGACAUCGCAAAUAUUGCUUCGCACAGUCGUAGGGGUAUCCCGGAUUAUAUACCCAACCCAAGACCCCGUGCUAGAUACCCCUACGACUGCGUGCGAAGUAAUGCGCGCAUCGCUCUGAAUCAAGUACGAGAUCGAGGUGGCCAUGUCAUUUGCGAAGAAGAUCAUGGCAGGCAAGGACCCGCUCACGGUCUACGCCGCCGCAUGCCAGAUGCGGAUGCCUAACCUCGCCCUCGAGGCGGCCAAGCUCAGCCUCCUCCACGAACAGAUAAUCCUCACUGCGACCACACCAGCAGGGCUGGACUGUGGACAGCCUUCCUGCCACGAUCCUCUUUGCGCUCAUGCAGUAUCGCGAAAAGUGCAAGGCCGUCAUAUGCAUCCAGCGCUUCGUACAGGACGAUCGGGUCUAGAAGGACCAAGGAAGGACUGGCGCGAGUUCCGGUACUUCUCUGCGAGAUCUGCGACCCGCGACCCAUUAAUGACGACGGACUUCCUCGCGAAGGCGCGGUCAUACUCGACGUCGAACACCUCCGCGUCGUGCUCCGCGACCUGCUACGUAGCAUGCCUGGACCUGUGCCGGACUCAUCAGCGAAGUCAUGCUCUCGUCGAUGCUGCUCAUGGCUGGUUCACGCGAGAACACAAAGUGCGAGUCGUGCCGCAUGUCUAUCGUCAGAGAUGUGCGCGAACUCCACACGGAGAUCUUGUCAGAGGUUCAACGCUCUGUGUCAAUGAUCAAGCUCGAGCUUGCUUUGUAGAAGCCGCAACACUCGUUUGCUCGGCCUACUACUGCCCCGCACUUCACUGACAAAUAUGCUUCGCUUUCGUCCCAGGUGUUCCUAACAUCACGAUACUCGCUAUCUACACCCGACGAUCGUACCCGGAAGUACCGGUGUGUAGCCAUCUGUACU